CCCUUGCAGCUGGGUGGCCAACGCCUUCGCCCAGGGCUAGCUGGAGCGGAGCAGGUUCCCAGAGUCCAGGUACUGGGCACCUUCCCAGCUGGGAGACGGUGCCCUCCCACCCCAGCUAAUUUCCCUGCAGGCCUUGGCCUUAACAGGUGUCGGUGCCUGCUGUGGGCGCAUUCUGACCUGGGCCCUAUCCCUGGCGACUGUGCCUAUGGUUGGGGACAGAGUGAGGUCGUUUCCUUGACGACGACAGCAUGCAGCCAGUGGUCCUCCUGAGUAAGAGCUUGGGGCGGGCCGAGGCCACUCUGCCUCCCUGCGUGCUUCACCUGGGACCUGUGACUGUGUCCGCGCAAGGAAUCCCGACAGCAGUGAAAUUGCUAGCUUGGUAGUCAGCAUCUUUUAGACCUGCGAGCGAAAUGAAUUUCACCUCAAAUUUGUUUCCAAGUUGAAAACCUUUGGGACUUUCCACGUGAAAGGAUAUUAAAGAAGCACAAGAAAAAAAUCCUCCUGGUUUUGAAUUAAAAUGGAAAAAUAUGAGAACCUAGGAUUGGUUGGAGAAGGGAGCUAUGGAAUGGUGAUGAAGUGUAGGAAUAAAGAUAGUGGAAGAAUUGUAGCCAUCAAGAAGUUCUUAGAAAGUGAUGAUGACAAAAUGGUUAAAAAAAUUGCUAUGCGAGAAAUCAAGUUACUAAAGCAACUGAGGCAUGAAAAUCUGGUGAAUCUGUUGGAGGUGUGUAAGAAAAAAAAACGAUGGUACUUAGUCUUUGAGUUUGUUGACCAUACCAUUCUUGAUGACUUGGAACUCUUUCCAAAUGGACUGGACUACCAACUAGUUCAAAAGUAUUUGUUUCAGAUUAUUAAUGGAAUUGGAUUUUGUCAUAGUCACAAUAUCAUACAUAGAGAUAUCAAGCCAGAGAAUAUAUUAGUCUCCCAGUCUGGUGUUGUUAAGUUAUGUGAUUUUGGAUUUGCGCGGACAUUGGCAGCUCCUGGGGAAGUUUAUACUGAUUAUGUGGCAACCCGAUGGUACAGAGCUCCAGAACUAUUGGUUGGUGAUGUCAAGUAUGGCAAGGCUGUUGAUGUGUGGGCCAUUGGCUGUCUGGUAACUGAAAUGCUCAUGGGGGAACCCCUCUUUCCUGGAGAUUCUGAUAUUGAUCAGCUAUAUCAUAUUAUGAUGUGUUUAGGAAAUCUCAUUCCAAGACAUCAGGAGCUGUUUUAUAAAAAUCCCGCAUUUGCUGGAGUAAGGCUGCCUGAAAUCAAGGAAAUGGAACCUCUUGAAAGACGCUAUCCCAAGCUCUCUAAAGUUGUGAUAGAUUUAGCGAAGAAAUGCUUACAUAUUGAUCCAGACAAAAGGCCCUUCUGUGCUGAGCUCCUGCACCAUGAUUUCUUUUGUGUGGAUGGAUUUGCUGAGAGGUUUUCUCAGGAACUACAGUUAAAAAUACAGAAAGAUGCCAGGAAUAUUUCUUUAUCUAAAAAAUCCCAAACCAGAAAGAAGGAAAAGGAAAAAGAUGACUUCUUGGGUGAGGAGAGAAACACUCUUGUGGUACAGGAUUCCAAUGCUGAUCCCAAAAUUAAGGAUUCUAGAGUAUUUAAAAUAAAAGGGUCAAAAAUUGAUGGAGAAAAAGUUGAAAAAAUCAGUCGAGCUUCAAAUGCCAGCUGUCUCCAUGACAAUGGAACCGGCCACAUCAAAACAGUGCCUUCAACAAGCCUCAGAGAUGGCAGCAGCGGCGGGGUGGACCACAGGCGGAAUCCAGGCACGGGGAUUCCCCCACUCACACACAAUCUUUCUGCAGUGGCUCCCGGUCUUAGUUCUGGAAUAGGGACUAUCUCAGGAGUUCAGAGUUACAGAGUGGAUGAGAAAACCAAGAAGUAUUGUAUUCCAUUUGUUAAACCAAAUAAACAUUCUUCAUCAGGCAUUUAUACUAUUAAUGUGACCACAUCAGUCACUAGUGAAAAGAGCCUCCUUCAGGCAAAUAAGAAAAGAAGAGAAUACUCAAAGACAGAUGUCCAUUUGCCUGAAUUAAACUAUAAUCAUCUCCCUGAACUAAGAGCCUUGGAAGGCAUAGCUCGAAAUUCCAGGCUAAUAAAGAAAGAGAACAAAAAUCUUUCAGAAUCUCGAAUCCCUUCUCUGGCUGCUAUUGACUCGCAUGUCCCUGGUGGAGCAUUGCAUCAGUUUCCAUGGGUCAGAAGCCGGGCCAAAGCUGCUUCUCUCCUUAAGAGUCUCACAGGCCGAAAUCAAGAUGUCAGCAGGGCUGCAUUUCUUUCUGGAGGCUCUAGGGGAGAAUCCGUUUCCAGGCUCAUUCAGGUGCCAGGAUCUCCCCUAUCAGAGGACUCGGAGACUGAUUUACCUCGGAUGGAACACCAGCAUUGAAUGUCAGUUUGGUUCUGAACUGGGUGCUGCUCCAGCCCUCGAGAUGACAUCCUCUUGGAACAAAAGUGCUGAUUGAUAUCCUAGGAGAUCUAUGUAGUUUUGAUUAUUUACUUCUGAACUGCCUGCAUUUUCUGAGAAAAGUCUUGCAGAAGGAAAGACAAAGACUUCCAGGUGUUUAAACGGAAGAUGGAACAAGUGUCCCCCCUUCCCCAGCUGUUAUCCCAUCACCUUUCUAGUCCACUGAUGCUAUUUCAAGAUCUAUCCAAUGAAAGAAUAGUGAUAUGGUUCUUGUUACAUGAGUAUAUAUUUGCUAUUAGUAGGGUGUGUAUUUAAAGUUAUCCAAGAUUGAAAGUAAGUAAAAAAGAGAGAGACAUUAUAGAAAGUUCAUGUUACGUAUGCAUUGAACUUUGUGUUAUCUGCAUUAAUGUGUACAUUUAUUUAUUAGUGUGUUUGGUGGAUGUGGGUGCUAAAAACUAGGAUCAGUUGAAGAAAACGGAAAAACUUGGAUCAAAGAAAAUGAUUCCUUUACCCUAACUUAACUAUGAAAACACAUUUAAGAAUCUUGCUUGUUUCUAGGUUCUUUAGGGAUAGAUGUAUUUCUUUGGUUUCUGUGAUUAUAGUUGAUGUUUGAUCAGUGUAUCAUGGAAAUCUGCCUCUCUGCUGAUCUUCUAAGAAACACACUAAGUCCAGGUUUUGCAAAGAAACCUUUUAUAUCUAAUGGUUUGGGAAGGCUGGUACUGGAGAGUCCUCCACACUACGAUUCUGGUGCUAAUAUUCCCGUGUGCAGGAAUGUGAUUAGGACAAGAGUGGGAAAGGAGAAUUUUGUAGGUGUUGAAACUUCUUAUUGACAAAAGAGGCGUAUAUACAAAAUCAGGGGAUGGGAAGCAGGGCUACUCUUCUCUGGGCCAUGUGCUACUGAACCCCCCCGCUGAAGAGGCUUUGGGCAGGGAAUGUCCAUUGCUCUGGACUUCCCUCCUAUCCACUGAUGGUUUGAAGGUGAUAUUAGACAGAAUAUCUAUCUAAAAUCCCAGAGAAAUUUCUGUCUCCUUGUUUCAUCAAACAGUUAGGCCUUCCCAAAAACUUAACCAAGGUGCAAAAUAAUAACCUACAGUACACACAUCUUUUCUAAUGCACUGGUCCACAACUUUUAGGUGGGAGAGUUAAACCAAUUUGGCUCCACGUUUUUGGUUUCUGGGUUUACAGUCAUGAUCUGCAUUUAUCACUUUAGAAAAUGGUUAAGGGGACUAGAAUUUGUGUAGGUUUUUUGCCUUGUCCAAUUAACAGUGUGGUUUUUUUCUCAAAAGACGUUUAUUAGAACUUAAGCCAAUAACUUAACUAGCACUUAUCUCUAUUACUUACCCUGUGGAGCUUAAUAUUGAAAUUUUAACAAUAGUUACUUGAGCCUCAAACGAGUAGGAUUCAGGAGGCAAAACAAGGGGCUGCCAUAUAGAAGUCUAUAGGUGGUUCAAUUAAAACCUGAUCUUGAUUUUCAAGCUCUGUCUUAAACCUCUGACCAGGUGUUUGACUAGACCAGGUAGGUAUGGCUAACAUGCUGAACAAAAUUACUCUACAGGUAUUAAUGGGCCUCACAUUAAAGUAUUAUUAUUUUUACUUUGAAAAAUGUUGUCAACAGCCACAACAGCAUAAAAAGCAGACAAUACUUAAAAGCCAAGUGGCUGUCCAGCCUAUUUCAAUGUUAGUUUUAUUUAAAGAUUGGUGUGAAACUAUCAUCUCAAUGUCUGAAGGUCUAGCAUCAGUUAAUUUUUCAUUCUAUAUUUGCCUUUGUUAUCUUUUAUCUAUUAAAACAUUUUGUGCAGAUUACAAUUAAGGAAAUAAAUCAUAUUUACUCUAAGUCCAAGUAACCUGAGGCUCAUAUAUGGUUAGAACCUUGGUAGAACUACUUGAAAAAGAAGAUUUUGCAAAUUGGGGCUAUAGACACUGAACUAAAAUAAUCCUGUUUUUCAGUUUAAGGUUAUUUUGUCUUUCCUUAUAAGGAUAUGGUUAAGUCACAUACGAAUAGGAAAUAUGUGUAUGUACUGGUGGGAAAAUGAGCUUGCUGUGUGUAUAUAUAUUUUACAGUUAAUAAAUAUUAUAUGUU